AUGGAAGGAGGUGGUUAUAGAAACACCACCGGUGGCCGUAACGGUAACCGUGGCGGUGGUGGUAAUGGUCGUGGUAGAGGAAGAGAGUUUCAUCGGCAACAACCAUCAAGUUCCGGUGUUGGUGGUAGAGGAAGAGGAAGGGAAUUUUACCAGCAUCAAGAAACCAGUUUCGAUAAUGGUGGCGGAAGAGGAAGGGGAAGAGAGUUUCAUCAGGAACAAGAAACGAGUACCGGUGGUGGCAGAGGAAGAGAGUUUCAUCAGCGACAAGAAACGAGUACCGGUGGUGGCAGAGGAAGAGAGUUUCAUCAGCGACAAGAAACCAGUGCCGGUGGCGGCGGCGGCGGCGGCAGAGGAAGAGAGUUUCAUCAGCGACAAGAAACCAGUGCGGGUGGUGGCGGAAGAGGAAGAGAGUCUCAUCAGCAACAAGAAACCAGUGCCGGUGGCGGCGGCAGAGGAAGAGAGUUUCACCGGCAACAAGAAACCAGUGCCGGUGGUGGCGGCGGCAGAGGAAGAGAGUUUCAUCAGCGACAAGAAACGACCGGUGGUGGUGGCAGAGGAAGAGAGCUUCAUCAGCAAGAACAAACCGGUGCAGGUGGUGGUGGCGGGGGAAGGACAACAUCCCAAUCACAAAACUGUUGGUUGCGAAGGCCAAAUGUAUCUCCCUCCUUCACCAACACAAGUUCAUCUUCAACUCCUCCUCUUCCUGUCACUAAGCACACCAAUCUUCAACCCCAACCCCAAGUCCAAACUCAUCCACUUCCAGAUAUUGGAUCUCUGAAAGUAAAAGAGCAGCCAGGGGAAAGUCCAACAACUAGACCGAUACACCGGCCUGACAAGGGCGGGACGGAGUGUAUUCGCAGAUGCAAACUUCAUGUGAAUCAUUUUCCGGUUACCUACAAACCAGAAAGAACUAUCAUGCACUACGAUAUCGCUGUGAAGCCUACUUUUCCGCUCGGAAAUAAUUCUUCGCCUCCAAAGAAGAUUUCCAAGUUUGAUUUAUCUUUGAUCAGAGACAAAUUGCUUUCUGAGAGACCGCUUUUAUUGAUGACUGCUUAUGAUGGAGGAACAAACAUCUAUAGUGCUGGUGAGUUGCCUGAAGAAACUUUUACUGUGGAGAUCUCAAGAGGAGAAGGUGAAAGAACUGUUUCUUAUACAGUUACUAUAAGGCUGGUGAACAAACUCGAGCUUCGCAUGUUGAGAGAUUACAUUAAGGGCAGAGCAUAUUCCAUUCCGAGGGAUAUUUUACAGGGAAUGGACUUAGUGGUAAAAGAGAAUCCAGCAAGGUGCACGGUUGCUUUAGGACGACGUUUCUUUCCCACCAAUCCUACCAUGAAAGAGAUGGAUCUCACAGGCGGAAUAAUUGCAAUUGGAGGGUUUCAUCAUAGUCUCAAGACCACAGCUCAGGGUCUAUCUUUGUGUCUUGACUAUUCAGUUUUGCCUUUUCCAAAGAAAAUGCUAGUCCUGGAUUUCCUCCAUGAGCGUAUAAAUAAUCUCAAUUUGAAUCAGUUUGAGAAAUUUAGGAAAGUUGUCGAGAAGGAACUCGUUGGAUUGAAAGUAAAUGUCACUCAUAGGUUAACCAAACAAAAAUACACCAUUGCUGGGUUAACACAGAAAAAAACACGCGAUAUCACUUUCCUUUGUUUAGACCAAGAGGGCCAAAACCCCCCUAUCAGCAAAUAUCUUACUGACUACUUUGAAGAAAAACACUCCUUAAAUAUUGAACAUAAAAAUAUUCCUUGUUUGAUUUUUCGUGGAAGAAAGACUAAUUACAUGCCUAUGGAGCUCUGCGUCUUGGUCGAGGGUCAGAGGUAUCCCACAGACGGUCUGGAUUUCUUUGCUUCCACGAAGUUGAAAAAUAUGUCUGUGGCUAGUCCAAGGGAUAGAAAAUCUUCAAUAGAAUUGAUGAUGGCGUCUCCUGUUGGACCGCACGGCGGUGAUAUUCUUCAGGAUUUUGGAAUGGAUGUCAUCCCUUCCAUGACAAAUGUGACUGGACGCGUAAUUGAGCCUCCAAUAUUGAAGUUAGGUGAUCCAAAUGGAAGGAGUGGGACUAUGGAACUGAGGCUGGAGAAAUGUCAUUGGAAUUUAGUUGGAAGGUCAAUGGUAGAUGGAAAAUCUGUUGAGCAUUGGGGCAUCCUUGAUUUUACCAGCCAGGGAUCUAACCACAAAUUUAAUCAUGAUCAGUUUGUAAAAGAUCUUAAGAUAAAGUACAACAUGUUGGGAAUUGACAUGAAGGAUCCUGUUUUUUAUGAGGAAUCCGAAAUGAAGAAACUUGGGGAUUACAAUUCACUAUCUAAAUUACUUGAGCGAAUAAAUCGUCAACCGCGGCUGCAGUUUCUUCUUUGUGUGAUGGACAAAAGGGUUGAAGGUUACAAGCGCCUCAAGUGGAUUGCAGAGACCAAGGUUGGCAUAGUGACACAAUGCUGCUUAUCUCCUAAUGCUAAUAAAGGGAAAGACCAAUAUUUAACAAAUCUUGCUUUAAAAAUCAAUGCGAAAAUUGGAGGCAGUAAUGUAGAACUCCUUAAUAGGAUCCCACACUUUGAGAAUGACAGGCAUGUUAUGUUCUUAGGGGCUGAUGUCAAUCAUCCAGGUUCUCAGGACAAAGAAAGUCCAUCUAUUGUUGCCGUGGUUGCCACAGUUAAUUGGCCAGCUGCAAAUCGCUAUGCAGCACGAGUUCUUGCUCAAGCGCAUCGAAUGGAGAAGAUUUUGAAUUUUGGAGAUGUUUGCCUUGAUCUUGUCACACAUUAUGCAAAGUUGAACAAAGCCAGGCCCGAAAAAAUUGUUAUCUUUCGUGAUGGUGUAAGUGAAAGCCAGUUUCACAUGGUUCUUACAGAGGAGUUGAAAGAUUUGAAGACAGCAUUUGAGAGUAUAAAUUACUUUCCAAGUAUCACUCUUAUUGUAGCUCAAAAGCGACAUCAAACUCGAUUGUUUCCUGUAGAUGCAAAUGGGGUUUGUACCGGCAACGUGUUCCCUGGAACAGUUGUAGACACAAAUGUGGUACAUCCUUUUGAAUUUGAUUUUUACCUUUGUAGCCACAAUGGAAGCCUAGGUACAAGCAAACCAACACACUACCAUGUGUUGUGGGACGAGAACAAGUUUAGUUCUGAUGAUUUGCAGAAACUGAUAUAUAAUCUAUGCUUUACCUUUGCAAGGUGCACUAGACCUGUAUCUUUAGUCCCUCCAGUGUACUAUGCUGACCUUGCUGCAUAUAGAGGAAGACUAUACUAUGAAGCAAGGAAGUCAGCGAUGAGAAAUGAUGAGGUGUUUGCCAAGUUGCAUCCUGAUACGGAAAACAUAAUGUUCUUCGUCUAA